AUGUGUCUCCCGGAAAACCAACAUCAUCAGCUGGAAACGCUCCUGGAAGCAGCCCGCAGCCCGCACCACGAAAACGCAGCGUGCGAUGCGUUCGUGGCGUUUUUCAAACGGUCCCACUGCGACGAAAACCUGAGUUUCCUGCUGGCAACAGACCCCUACGUCCAGGGCGUCCCACGGGACGCCCUGGCGUCGUGGACCCGCGACGUGUACACUCUGUACAUCCAAACAGACUCCCCACGCGAGUGUAAUCUGCCACAGGCCAUCCGACAGACGUUUGACGAAAACGCUCUCGCCCACACGGUGCCGCCGCGUUCCAGCAUCGAAGCAGCCCGCAAACACGUCCUGUGGCUAUUGCAGGACGCCUACUCCAAAUUCGGCCACAUGCAGCGUCGUUGUUCACGGCCCGCUACUUGUCGUCGUUCUCACUCCUACCUUGAAACUACCAGUCAAGACCAGAACAGCCAUCACUCCCAAACCAGCAGCCGACAACUGCAUUUGAAUAUGUCGUUCCCACAUCCAAAUCCACAGUCACAAUCACAAUCACAGUCACAGUCACAGUCACAGUCACAGUCACCGUCGUUGUUGUCGCCUGACACGGCCGUUCUCGACCUGCGGUCUUCCUACAUCGACGAUUUCGCCGUUGAAGAAGAAGAAGAAGAACAAGAUCACGAAGAAGAUGCAGAUCUGGUAGACAAGCUGCUAGCGGUCCAGAAUAUCGAGCAUGAUAUCAGCACAGCGCUCAACCGGGUCCCCUCAAAGCUCCCGGAAAUCGAGUCUCCUGCCGCACACCGCGGCAGCCAUCAACAAAAUGACCUGUGCUCCCGUGCAAACACCCUGGGCAGCGUUUCAAGGUCUGUAUCUUCUCCCACAUCCAACCCGGCGUCGCUGUUUCCGCCACGCGGCUCUCCUCUAGCAUCCCACCCAGUUUCGCAUCCAUCUACCUCCACGGCCAACUCCACCACCGCAGAGCGCUCCAGCAAUACAAUUAGCGCUCCGUCCACUGCUUCCUCAUCUUUUUCCAUCACAACCGCUACAGGCGCUGGCUUCAAACCGGCUAAGCUCAAACACACGGGCAAAAAACUCGUGCACAAGUUCAAAUUUCGCAGAAGCAGUUCCGGAAGUUCGGGCUCCUCAAUAAACCCGCCCUGA